AUGGGUGGCUGUUGUUCCUCGCAAACAAUACUCGAUGAUACGGUUGGGCGAGAAGGCACGGCUGACAAUCUUGUGCCACGUGGAGGAAAUAAACCAUUUACCAAAAAAGGGGUGAAAUGGACAUCAAACAUUCCAAUAAAUCAACGCCGAUUAAAAAUGCAAAGGGACGCGUUUUGGGAUACUGCACCAAGUUAUGAGGGACGACUAGAAAUAUGGCAAGCACUUCGAUGUGCAUGUGAAUCAGAAGAUCUAAUUCUCGCGCAAGCAAUCAUUGAUUCCGCAAAUAUUACUAUACCUACAGGGAACCUAACGAACGGUUGCUACGACGAACUAGGAAAUCGAUACGUGAUUCCUGUAUAUUGCAUAGUAGAGCCUGUCAAUCUAAUAAAAGAAAGCGACAGUGAAGGAGGCACAUCAUCACACCAAGCCGACGAUAAUAUGGAUUCUAAAUUAUUAUCGGAAUCAGCAGCCUCAGUAACUACAACAGAUGAUAACACUUUCUAUGAUCAUAAUCUCACUGUCCGACUUUCCAAUCAUGCAAAGGAUGUACGUAUAAGCGUUAAUCUCAAACAGGAAACAAUCGGGACAUUACGACAAAAGUUAUGCGCAAAUGAAGAAUUGGACGGGCAGGAAUUUAAUGCGCGGUUCUUCUUUUUGGGUCGUAUGUUGGAUGAUGACACAAAGUUAGCGGAUGUGAAAUUUGAGGAAGGACAAGUUUUGCAAGCGUUGAUUACGGAGAAGUCAUGA